AUGGUUGGCUUUGAUAUGCGUGGAUUGACCCCGGCACCGGUCACUCCCUUCACCCCAGACGGCGCUGUCGACUAUGAUGCUAUCCAGCGCCUUGGCUCCUGGCUCGGUAGCAUUGAUGGUGUCAAAGGCCUUGUUGUUUUAGGUCACGCCGGUGAGGGUACUUUUCUCACGCAAGAUGAGCAAGUUUCCGUCAUCAAGGCUUUUGUCAAGUCGGUUGACAACAAAAUUCCGAUCAUUGCGGGAAUCACGGGUGAAGGGACAGAGGUCGCCGCCUUGGAGGCAAAGCGAGCCAAAGAAUCCGGGGCAGCUGCUGGACUGCUUUAUCCGUCUCAUGGCUGGUUGCGCUUUGGAUACCAACCUGGAGCGCCUCAGGAUCGUUACCGACGCGUCUAUGAAGUGUCUGGACUUCCCCUAAUCUUAUUCCAGUACCCCGACAACACAAAGGCCACCUAUAGCCUACAAACCAUGCUUGAGAUAUCGGCUCAGCCUGGCUGCUUCGCGAUGAAAAAUGGCGUUCGUAACAUGCGCCGAUGGGACACCGAAAUCCCGGUUAUUCGUGCUCAACGCCCCGAUCUUCAAAUCCUCUCUUGUCACGAUGAGUAUCUGUUGCAUACCUCUUUUGAUGUCGAUGGCUUCUUGGUUGGUUACGGAAACAUUGCGCCUGAGCCUUUGAUUGACCUCAUCAAGGCUGGCAAGGCGAAGGACUACAAGAAAGCUCGAGAGAUUCAUGACCGACUCCUCCCCGUCACCAAAAGUGUCUAUCACCGAGGGUCGCAUAUGGAGGGAACUGUCGCUCUGAAGCAUGCACUCGUUGCCAGAGGAAUUCUGACUCAUGCUACUGUCCGCUCUCCUCUGCUCCCAUUGGAAAACGGGGCCGAAGAUGAGAUCCAUGCAGCGAUCCAGUCUGCUUCACUCAGCAAGGUUUUCUAG